AGCAAAAGCCCACCCAACCAAAAUCUCGAACCACAACGACAAUAACUCACGCGACGCGUAGCAGCGACCAUGGCCGACGAAGAACUCGAACAGAUUCGCAAAGCGCGCCUCGAGCAGUUCCGUCAACAAGGCGGCGCCAGCGGCGGAGAAGGCCAGAACAAGGAAGAUGUGCAACGAGAGCGCGAAGCCAAUGCACGCGCAUCUAUGAUCGCCCAGAUCCUCCUCCCAGACGCACAAGACAGGUUGAAUCGCAUCCGCUUGGUCAACGCGACGCGCGCGAAAGAUGUUGAGGAUAGGCUGAUAUUCUUGGCGCAGCAGAGGCAAUUGCCUGGGAGAGUCAACGAAGAACAGUUGAAGCAGCUACUUGGGGCAGUAGCCGAGCAAAAGGAGGAAGAGAAGAUCACAGUGCAAAGGAAGGGCUCGAGGUGGGAUGACGAUGACGAUCUACUCGAAGGCCUAUAAGCGGACUUCGAAAAACAUACUCGAGAUCUGUGUUCUUGGCGGGUUGGCGUUGGGAGUCAAAAAAUCGUUCAUAGCCUGUAUGGCUCAGAUAUGUACAAGGGAAUGCAUACUCUAAUUGCAAUACAUUACAAGUUUACGAUGCA